CAAUUACCUCGCGUACUCAGCCAACUGAAGAGCGAUGCAGUGGAUGUACCUCCUCGCGGCUGCUGGACUGGUGGCCGUCGGUCCCAUUGGUGCCUCUGGUGCCAACGGAUACUAUCAGGAGCCUUCUGCCAGCGCGUCCUUCACGCAAUACUCUGGCUGCGGCUCCCCUGCGUGCGGCAUACCAGCGACCGGAUACACCGCCGCGAUGAACCAGCUGUCCUUCGGCUCCGCGCCUGGAUCAGGCCCUGGCGACGCCUGCGGACGUUGCUUUCAGCUCACGGGCAGCGCAGAUCCAUACAGCCCGGAUUACUCUGGGCCAUUCAAUUCCAUUGUCGUCAAGGUUACCGAUUUGUGCCCUGCGUCGGGGAACGAGGUGUGGUGCGGCCAGACUACGUCGGACAGCGAGAACCAGUAUGGGAUGCCAGUGCAGUGCUUGAGGGUCGGGGCGCAGACCGGAGAGCUCGGGAGGAAAACUCUAAGGUAAGCAUUGGCUUUGUCUAUCUACUUAUACACGUACAGGUACUGAUCUG